AGGGUUCAGCUGCCAGUCUGGAAGGAGGAUUGCUGUUGCUGCCGCGAAUCCGUUUCUUGUUCGUUUGCGGAACGAAAACAAAGUGAAUCGCCGCCGCUUGCGUCCACGGGAAAACUUCUUUGGUUGAGGUGACCUUGGCUCCCUUGGCGAUGCGGCUGGUGUUGGCGGGGCUGGUGGCGGCGCUGUCCGUCGCCGGCGCCGACUCCAUCUUGGUGCUGGGCAGCGCUGCGGCGGCGGGCACCGGCAUCUCGCUGGGGUUGGGCGGUGCCACCGGUGGCAUCGCGUCUGGCUUGGCGGCUAUUGGCUUGCUAGGAGCGCUCAAGCUCGGUCUGCUGGCGCUGGCGGGGACGAAGGCCGCCGUCUUCGGAAAGGGCGGCGGCGGCUACGGAGGAAGAGGCUGCAGUGGCUACGGGGGCGGCUGCGGCGGAGGGCAUCACAGCGGAGGUGGAGGCGGCCACGGCGGAGGUGGCUAUGUAGCCGUGUACAGUGUCCCCGCCAGCGGAGGAGGUGCAUACGGAGGCGGAGGGCAUGGGGUAGGCCAUGGGGGUGGAGGAGGAGGUGGUGGUGGUUACGGAGGUGGGGGCAUUGGAGGAGGCCAUGGAGGCGGAGGCGGAGGCGGCCACGGAGGAGGAGGAUUCGGCGGAGGCAGCAGCUACGCCUCACUUGACGCCGGCGUCGGAGGCGACUUCGGAGGAAGCAGUUAUGCUUCCCUCGGAGGCGGCGGAGGCGGAGGAGGAGGCAGCCAUCAUGGCUACAAGAAGCGCAGCGUGGCCCAGGAAGGCUUCGUUGGAGGCGCCGAGGAAAUGCAGGCAUCUCCCUCGGAGGACGCCUACUUCCGGCUGGUGCGAGCCUCCGACGCCACGCGCUGUGGCCAGCGGCUGGUGUGCGAGCUGGCGUCCCGAGCGGGCCUGGGCCUCGAGCACGAUGAGCAGAUGAUCCUUGAAGUUCUCAAGGAGAAGCCAGCUCCCUCGCGCAGGAAGGACGAGGCCCGCGCUCUUUACGAGACGGCAAUGAAGACCGGCUACUCGGGAGCGCACUGCAGCGCCACCUACAAGACCUGUCCCUACAGCAGCCAGCAGAUCAUGGCCGUGAUCAGGACCAUUGGAGAAGAUGUCUUUAAUACUAGGGUUCUCAGAGAGAAAAAACAUAAUAUUUUUUUCUCUCUCGUUUCCUCUGAGGAUGAGGGUGGAGAAUAGUUAUCCACUUUGUUAAUACAAUAUUUUGGUGACGUAUAGGUUGUCUCUUCCCCCCCCCCCUUCGAUUUCUUUUGUUGAUGUUGGUCACUGUACUUGUUUCCCCUUAUUUGCUUUUGUUUUUGUACAUGAGGCACUAGUUUACCGUCACCAUGACACAAUGUAUCUAUAUCUCUUGUUUGUUAUGUGAACGUUCACCGUGUUCUGUUUUCAGUAUUUCUUUUCUUGUACGGGUAUGCUGAGAGAUGCACCUUUGAAGACAUACAUAUAUACAUAAUACACUGCUGUUUCGCAAAAGUACACAAUUAUUUGUAAUUGCUCGAAAAGCCUAUCUGUGACAUGUUGGAGAUUCGGAAGUGCAGAAAAAGCUUGGAUGAACAUGAAUGAUUCUACAAUGCAGACGUGAAACUGGCGAUUUGACACAUUUUUACAUAAAAAAAAUGGAAUUAGUCUGCCUCAGCCAGUCCCUUUCCUGCAUAUACGGUCGCCAUUUGUCCCGCAAAAAGGCAUGAGUGCAAAUCCUUAUCUGAAUUCCCUGUAACAUGUCGGUGGAGAACGUAAUCGUCCUCCAUUGAUUGUCUCUUCUCUUGGCAUUUUUUUGAGGUUUCCUUUGUCUUCCU